UCUGGGUAAAACCACCAUUUUCAGCACUUUACUGCGGCAGCGGUUAACACACUACUACUCCAAUACAACAGGGGGCGCUAAAACAAACUAGUGAUACUUUUUUGGCGUUUUUUGAUUGGUUGGUUUGUUUGCUGCUUGAAGGCGGUUUGUUUGGAGAAGAGGACGCGCUUGUUUGAGCUAUUCCGACUUGACAGAGUCUAUCAUUGUGUUUAAGGCAACUUUUAGGUACCCAAACUUAAGUUGCCUAGAGUUUAAGAACAAUGGAAGACCCGAUGAAAUACCUGUUGCGUCGCCUUGUUCGACGGAUACCGGCUCAACUUCUCAAACCAACGCUGGAGAAGUGGGGCCGCUUGACUAUGGCUCAAAAACAAACCAUCGAUUUUACUCAAUCGAAAUGGGCGAUAACGGACACACUUCUCGCCUUUUGUGAGGAAAAUGGAUGGACAAUUAAACAUAUCGUAGAGUUAGAGCUGACAUAUGUCAUUGACAAUCCAAACCAGGGGUUGUGGCACGCAUUCCAGCUGAUGGACCCUGAAGCUGAUGCCCAAGCUGUGGAGUUGCUGCAGUUCAAGGAACAAUUUAAAUCCCACCUCAGUGAGCUCGUAAGAAACGUGUCUGUCAAGAUAAAGAAGAACACGGAUGAAGCUGUAUGGAUCCGCAUUGCGUGGGGUGACAGCUUCUCUCGGCCCAACAACUUAAAGCCAACAUAUGUUGUUCACUACCUCCAAAGUUGUUACGUGUUUGUGACCAGACUGACAUCCAAGCAAAAGCCCCUGUUGUCCCAGGCUUUAAUCAUAGCCACCAGACAUCAGGCUAUCAAGGAUGCUCACCUCAGUGGACCGAAACUCACGGCAAUCCGGGACCUGCUGAUGCAGCAAUAUGAGCAGGUGUUCCCAACCAACUAUCCCAGCCGUCUUCCCAGUCAAACACACUCACACCCCCACAUAGAGCGAGAACAAGCCGAGGCUGAAGUGAACAGACUUCAAAUGGCCCGGGAAGCAUUUGGUGGCGGCAAUUUACCACAGCUACAAUCUGUAGUUUACAAGCUGGAGACAAAGUUCAGAGACCCAACCAACAAGACAAUGACUGAGCAAGAGAGACCCUUCAAGUGUAUGGUCAAAUUUGCAAGCACCAACAUAUUGGAGUCACUCAGGCACUGUGCUUCUUCAGGAAUCGCUUCCACCCCAGUUACACUUUUGCUCUCGUCCAUUCCCCGAAAAGGAAGAAAUUAUUUUGUCAUCACAGACAAUGUCCCGGGACCCUCUUCACAACCCGACCAACCACCCAACUAAGCUGUUACAGGACCAUAAAUAUUACAAUAUAACCUGUUUUUUUUUACUGUUGAUGGUUAUCUUUUAAAACUCAGUGACGCACCAUGAUCCAUGAUUUGUGGUGUUGCACAAUUAUGUCCAUUCUAUGAUUCAAAUGUUGACAAUUGCAUCAUUUUGUGUGUAUUUUUAAAAUUACAAAUGUUACUUAUAUUGAAAUCUAUUAAAUAUCCAAAUUGUAUAUGACAAAUGUAUGCUUUUUAAGUCUGUAACAAAUUGAUUGUCUACAAAUGAUUGUAAUCCCCAAAGUGAAGGAGUUAAAUAAAAUGUA